GGGGAAUGAUCGUUAUAGUCUACUUUAUCGGUUUUAAUGUUUGACCGGUUUCAUCUGCCUGGUUUCCAUAGGUUCUACGGUAUCAUGGUUCACAAUCUCUUCAGUCCACAAAUCCAUAGCAACAGUCCGGCUCGAUUUUAAUUACCUAGGUAUUGAAGGCAAACAAUUUUUCCAUAAAAACCCACACAAUUCGGCAUUUUACAACACGCCAAAAAUCGGCAGAAGAUUUUCGCUAAACAAAACAUAUUCGGACCCUUCGUCUCAAUGCACUCACCGUUUCAGUGUCAGGGCUGCUGCGUGCUUUGAUCCGACACGAGUUUCGUUAAAUCAUCUGUCUCGCUCUCGUUUUUUCGUUCAAAGCAGAGGAGUCUGAGUUCUUCGUUCAAAUAGAAAAAAGAAAACAGAAAAGAAAAAUGGCGUGUGUUCCGUGGUGAGAGAUUUGUUAUUGUUUUGUGUUGUUUCCCGGUCAAAAGCAUGAACAAUUGGGUAGAAAAUGUUUAAUUUUGUGCACUGAAUUCGAUAAAACAUAAAACCUAUGCUUGUAUGGUGUCGUCGGAUGCAUUGAAACGCAAUAUCAAUAUGAACCAGCUCCGGCACCUCAAUCAAAACGGAAAUGCGAACAAAAAUUUAGACGAGGAAUAUUUUUCUUCGAGCAAACAAGCGCACCGCGAACUUUCUUCAUCGCACAAUAGUAGCGCCAGCAAGAGCAGAAGCUACAUCAUCAUGGAUGGUCCAACAAGGCUGCUUGAUCGCAGCAACCAUGGCAGCGUGAGCGUAUCGAAUGGAAACGUUCCGAAGGGUGAAGAAAUUGCCACAACGCUGAUGCAAGUGGCAGAGAAAACGGACCGGUGCUGGAACUUUGAUUUACAGCACUGGCUCACGCUGUACCAAACAACCAGAUUAAGAAAUGUGAACUUUCCGGAAGCUGCGAUACUGGUUUCGUGUGCCGCACAAAUAUACGGCCGAAAGGUCGAUUACUUAAGCGACAUCGUCGUGCAUAUGAACGACGAUCAGACGGCGCGGGAAAAGAAGACACUGGAGGAGGAAAAUAGAAAAGCGGGUGAGAAGGUGGGUGAGCAGGGAGACACAUCGAACAAAACGCCAGGCCGGAAACGUGCUGGGCGUUUCAACCCGCAAUCACUGUCGGAUUGUUUUGGAGAUUUGGAGUUUUCGUGUAAUGAUAAGAAGCUGUUGAAGCUGGAAUCGCUCGUCAAAUCGGUACCCAUCGUCGAUGUCGACUGUCGGACAAAAGUGCAACAGAUGCAGGAACUGUGCGUGGAACUACGUAUGAAUCCAACCCGACAGCGAAGGCAAGAAAUUUUGAACCGACUUCGCGAUGAUGCUUCCAUCGCUCCGAUAAUGUCGAGUAAUGGUUCGGCACGAAAGAAUCAAAUUGCCGAUCUCGAAUCAGGCGAAGCAAUAGGCACACGGUACGAUUAUCAGAUUCACCUGAACUACAUCGAUGGGCGUACCGGUUCGCUGAUAGCCGAGCAUGACCUGAAGCGCUUCUUCCAACGGUGCGAUGUAAUGGAUUUUUUGCACGAACAGCACGAAACAGAACGGGCAAGAUGCACCAGCCUGGGUAUGCCAGCACCGACCGAACGGCUGUGGCAGGGAGAGCGUGGAAUAAAGCUAUACAUGCCACCAGAGUACCUAAGUAAUCGCUAUCGCAUCAAGGUAAACGAUACGACCGACUUCGACAAUGCAUUAAUACAGGCCCGCGUCACGAACUACAACUCCGAUCCAAUACUCUCCUUGAUGGAUCAUAAGCUACGAGCCGAGAAUCUUGCCGCCGAAUGUAUGGAACUGAACGAAUCCACCAUGCAAAGUAAAUCGUCCGGCUCGAUAAAUGAUUCCGGAUUCGGUAACAAUACGACAGUAACCGAAGACGGGCAUGAUCGUUCUUUGAGCGGUGUGCUAUCAUCUACCCGAACGGACGAUUCGGCACUCGAACCGAACAGUGAUUUAGAUUUAACGGGAAAAUCUAUCACCGUGCUGUCACAGGAAUCGGGCCAACAAACAUUACACAAAGAUUCCGCCGAAGGUGUACCAUUGGAAGAUUCGUCGUUGAAGCAAAGUAGCACCGAAAAGUCGAUUGCUGCAGCAUCACGAUUGAGCGUAGACGAAGGUAUUGGGGUGGAUUGUGAAUCAAUAUUGCCCCGGACGACGUUAAUGAACCUGAAGGAGGAAAGCAUCACCAAGUCCGGUACGGUUGUAUUCAGUCAGGGAACCGUUUUCCCCCGACCACCGGUUGUAUUACGACCGCCAAAGCUAGUGCAAAACAUUCUUGGCAUUCCCGAGGAUCUGGCCUGUAAACAUAUCCCAUUUACGCUCACUAUGGAGUACCGAAAGAUGAAGAAAGAGUUUGUAAAAAGACGCGAACAAGAAAUAGCUAUUGGACUAAGUUACGUAAAGUUACAGUGUUUAAAACCAACGGCUGAUUCAAUGUUACGCCCUUCCACACCCGAUCAAGAAGAAGAUUUUCUUGGCUUUGACGAUGACGAAACGGGUCAAACACCGGUGAAGGUGGCGAACACUAGGAAAACGAAAUCCUCGUCGUCCAGCAACGAAUCUUCCCCGGUGAAACAAAAGCGACCAUCCACACCGGAACAGCGCUUUGAAGGAUUUAGCGAGGAAGAAAUUCUUGCUACAAAGAAAGUGGUCGCAGAGUUGGUGAAACGAAUGCCGGACAAACCGAAGCAUCCGUGCAGUAGUCCAUCGAAACGAACGAAUGGUUCGCUCCCAGGUACGCCAACCCGUACAUUGUCUUGUGAUUCCGGCAUUUCGGACACUGUUGAGCGCACGGGCAGGCAACCAUGUGCGGGAACAAAUCUCGAUUCGAUCGAAGAAAACAUGCUGGACAAUGAAAUGGAACGGGAGGAAAACCGAAUGAAAUCGUUAUUACACCAGGCACCAUCACAACACCAUACGGAUGCGUGUAAUGCGCGGAUUGAAGAAAAAAUGAAUGAAGCAAAAGAACGGUUCGACAAGGUGAGCCAGUGGCAUCGGAAUCUAAAGCCAAUUUUAAUGGAAUCGGAAAAGCGGACACAUUUCGACAUUCACGCCUAUGGAAGUGAAAUUAUCGACACGUUCAAUCCGGCCGUUCCGCUCGGCAGUGAAUCAAUUACGCUUGAAAAGGUGUUACAAAACAAACCGCCCAACAGUACGGCAAGGUUCUUUCUUUCGGUGCUAAUGUUGGCAAACACUAGCAACAUUGAAAUAAAUAAUCGUAAUCAUGAUCCGCAUCGGUUGUCCUCGACCGCGGAAAUAGAGUUGCGUCUGAUAAGCCGCAAACGACAUCACAAGGAGCUGGAAGCGCUUGGCGAACUGUUACCAUCUGCCUCAUCGAACGACACUGAGUCGGCGACCGAUCGUUAUCGGGAAAAGCGUCAAAAUCGUAAACGAAAACACCCACUGCAACAACAGCAGCAGGAGCAAAAUGAUGUGGCCAAUCAUGGAGAAACCAGUCGGGAAGACACUGCACGGGAAGAUCCUUCCAGUCGUGUUGGUGGAUUGAAUGGACUGGAUGAAGGGGACGAUGGUGCCAGCUUUUUUGACAAUGUCCAGCAAGUGUACGCCGAAUUGAACAGUGAAAGUACGCAGCACAAGCGGAUAGCGUUCCGAAGAGGAAUGAGAAAUUGUGCUUACGGGAUAGCCGAUGCGGUAAGUAAUAUGAAGAACGGUGAAAAACCCCCUUCUGUCGCACAACCGGUUACACCAUCUCGAGCAAAAGUAACACAAUCGGAUGGCAAUGGGUGCCAAUCGGUAGAUAAACCACGGUCAGAAAGUGUACAGCGUAACGGUGUAUCUGCUAACUGUCCAUCACCGUUAGUGAUGGAUUCGUGUGAGGAUCUUCUGUCGGUUGAUCUGCUAACUAAUCAAGCGACUCUCGUACCUGUUGGCCGUGAUGCUGCCAACAUAACGUAUGCGAAAAGUGUGUUCUCUUUGGCGGAAUCCGGUUAUGAAUCGAUGAUUAGCAUAGGAGACGACGUCUAGCGAUCGCGUGGCGGAUUAUAUUGUUUUUACUAUCUUUCAUGUUUCGUUUUAGUUUAAGGAAUGAAAUAGUAUCUGUAUUUGACUUUAAUUGCCCUAUCUGUAGGAUAAAUUCAUUAUCUGCAACAGCACACGCAUGUGCUGAUACAGCAGCGUGGUAUGUAAAUAGGAAGGAAGGAGGAUCGCUUAGGUUAAGCUAAUCUUUCUCAAGAUGUUUUAUGUUCUACAACGUUAUUCGCGAUUGCGAAACAAAACGCGUUAGGCAUACGAUACCUGUGUAUAUUGACCACCUUUACUAUUAGAGUAGCUGUCUGUUUUUUAAAACUGCCAUUACGCUUCACUGUACAGAAUGAUAAUAAUCCCAUUUAACCAUCUCCGUCUCAUCACUACUUACUACCCUGACGAAAGUACAAAACACAUUCAUACUGAUGGUGCAAUUAGUAGCAGUUAGUCUAAACACACGAUGCACAAACAGCAAUUGUGCCUGUUCGAUCGGAGAACUUCUGCCACGGUAUCGUAUUUUGCAUUUUCCUUUGCUUUUGUCAACUUUCUUUUGAUGAGUAGUUUAACACUACCCGGUAUAUUCAGUUUUGUUUCUGGUUUUAACGAGAUAAAGAAAACACACAAGAUUCAUGCCCAACAUAGACACUAUAUUUACAACCACUUGCGUUUUGUACUCGAAUCUGCACAGCCCGCAUUACAUUCAGUUUGAAUUUAUUUGUGUAACAUUAGGCUCCCCUGCUUUUAAGAUGAAUUUUUAGUGCUUAGGUUUUCGUUUUUUUUUAACUAUUUGACGCUAUUUUUAAGGCAGAAAAUGAAUUCUAAAAAAUGGCAAAAUGUCAUAGAUUUUUUAUUUUUAUUGUAUAACUCUUGUCCAAUAUCUACAAUUGAUUCGCGAACUCUCUAUUUAUUCGCUUCGAAGCGACUGUUUGCUCCAGGAAGCAAACGCUAGCGUGUCCUUUAUUUGUUUGAUAAACCAUUUUCAUUGUUUAUGUUAAGAAAAAAUACAAAUGUCUCUAUAUCUUA